CGCUGUUGUUACGUCAUCAGGCUAGUUGACGCCCACCGACGCCAUCCUCCAUGCAUGGAGCUACGAACGUUGGUUAGCGCCUGUCUUUGAAAAGUAAUGUUUUCCUAAUGGCUAAUGAAUGCAAAGAAGAGUUAUUUAGGCGGGGGAGUGGACAGAGUGAAGACUCGGAUAUUUGGGACGACACCGCCUUAAUAAUUGCCUACGAUAAAGCUGUUGCUUCAUUUAAGUCCGCCCUGAAGGGUGAAGAAGAGCCUCAGUCUAUGGACCAAGUUCCACCAGGUAAGAAGCGAAGAAACAACAGAAGGACAAAAGCCAAAGCAUCAACAGAUAAAGAGUGGCGGGUUGGAGAUUCCUGCUCUGCCUACUGGUCGGAGGAUGGCCAACUAUACUCAGCGACCAUCUCCUCUCUGGACGAGAAAAAGGGAACAUGCGUAGUUGUCUACACGGACUACGGCAAUGAGGAGGAGCAUAACCUCGAGGACUUGCUUUCAGAGAUCUCUGAGGGGGAUGACGAAAGCAAUUACAAGACACGCGAGGUAGAUUCAUCAACAGAGGAGAGCGGCAGCAGGUCUCCACCAGAACUGCCCCAGUUCAAACCGCAGCCACACAGUAAAGGCCAAAAGGCCAGAAACCACAAAGGUCCCCCUCCUCCUAUGUGGGGUCCAGGAUUCCCACCUGGCUUGCCUCCUAUGCCGCCAUUCAGACAGGGUGGGAAAAGGCAAUCUGGUCGUCAUGGACCUGUGCCGCCCCCUUGGCAUCCCAUGAUGCACUUUGGCCCACCGAUGAUGCCUCCGCCUCCACCCAUGAGUGCGGACAUGGGCGAUGACGAGGCCAUGGGCAGCAUGCUCAUCUCCUGGUACAUGAGUGGAUAUCACACGGGCUACUACUUGGGUUUAAAGCAAGGACGUAAAGAAGCUGCUAAAUGGACCAAACCCGAUCAGAAAUAAGAUUUGAGUUUGUUUAGGACACUUUUGUAUUCUCUGUACAUAAAUAACAUAAAGGAUAUUAAAAGCG